ACUUUCCAUAGAAAUGAAUGGGGAUGCCAUCUUUAAAGAGCAGGCUCGCUGUGUCUACUUUAUAAGUCUAUGGUGAAAACCUACAAACGCUUCUAGACGUGAAGGAGAUUUGGAAAAGGAGGAUAGAAAUAAGGAAUGAAAGACUUGCAGAGGGCACCAGAAGACGAAGGAUCUGAAAAGCAUGGGAGUCACAGAGCACCAUGCAGGUUAUGGGUGAAUAAUAUAUUGGUUCGAGUGGGACUUGCAGAGACUCUCAGCACUUAUGUAAUGAUGGUAUUUGGCUUGGGCUCUGUGGCGCAGGUAGUGACAGGACAAGGAGCGUUCGGGGAAUACCUCAGUAUCAACUUGGGGUUUGGCCUGGGUGUGGCUAUGGGAGUGCACAUUGGCGGUAGGAUCUCUGGGGCCCAUAUGAAUGCAGCUGUAUCAUUUACCAUGUGUAUAUUUGGCCGACUCAGUUGGAAGAUGCUGCCCCUGUACAUCCUCACUCAGUUCAUUGGUUCAUUCUUAGCAGCUGGAACUGUUUAUACUCUUUACUAUGAUGCCAUUUAUCACUAUUGUGGAGGGAAUUUUACUGUCACUGGACCCAAAGCCACAGCUGGGAUCUUUUCCACCUACCCAGCACAUUAUCUCUCAUUACACACUGGAUUCCUUGACCAAGUGUUGGGCACUGCCAUGUUGUUGCUGUGUCUGAUGGCUCUAUCAGACCAGAAGAACCAGCCGGCUUCUUCUGGUGGAGAACCUAUAGCAGUGGGGCUACUGGUGCUCCUUGUAGGGAUCUCCCUGGGCAGUAAUAGUGGCUAUGCCAUCAACCCCACUAGGGACCUCGGGCCCAGAAUCUUCACUGCGAUUGCAGGUUGGGGGCAAGAAGUUUUUAGGGCGGAUAAGGGUUGGUGGUGGGUACCUGUUGUAGCCCCACUAGUGGGUGGAGUAAUAGGUGCGGCCAUCUACAAAGUGUUUGUGGAACUGCAUCACCCUCCCAGCCAUAACCAGAGGGAGCUAGUGGAACAGGAAGAGGCUGACCCUCUGAAGCAGAAGAGCAUUUGCACCGAAGUGUGUGUGUGAGAUUUAGUUUAGUGUGUGAAGAAACAGAAGAAUACAAAAGAAACACUCCAAAUCUAAUGAAGGAACACAGACAACAGGAGAGAAGGAGAUUUAAUGUCAUUGACAUAAGUCCAGGCAAUUCUCCUGUUUAAGCAUUUUUUUUGUAUUUGAUCUAAUGUUGCAGAAAGGCCUAAAACAAUAUGUAGUGAACCAACGUUUCCCUUAAAGUACAGAAAAGACUGUUACUCCAACUACAAUAUAUGUAUUACAGACAAAAUGAAUAAAUCAAGAAGAACAGAGAAUUUGGAUUGUGUUGAUGGGACUCGACCAAUGAUAAUGCGAUUCCCCAAGGCUACCUUAGAAAUCUGUGGGAGCUCCUAGAAAAAACCAUGUGCCAACGCUUGGCAAAGAUCACAAGGCAAAAAUCAUUAUAGAACAGGACAAUGCAUUAGUGUCUUACUGCUUAAAGUUAAUUGGAUUAACAUAGUCAUAUAGACACAUUCAAUAUGAAAGAGUCAGAAAGAGAGGCGAUCCUCUGAUCCUCAAGGUUUCCGAUACAGCACAGUAGCAGCAUUACCAAAGAAAACAAAUAAUCUGAACCCAAUCACCAGCAUUGCCACAGAUAAACACAUAUGCACACACAAACACGUACAAUGGGUUAAUAAAUGAUAAAUAUGCAGGAAAAGAGAAUGCAAGCCCAUCCUUUAGAGGACAACAAUGAAAUAUUUAACUGGAGUCUCUAUUUUUCUUCUUUAAGGACUGGAAGCAGCAAUGUCUUCUCUUAUCACUGCUUUUGAAAAAAGCCACUCAGUGGCCACUUGCAAACAUAAAAAGUCAGCAUUAGCAAUUCGUUCAGCCAAAGAAGGUACCAUAUUUUAAUUGUUCAUCGCUUAGUUCCACUGUGCCUCCCGGAACUCCCCUGCCCCUUGGUUGUAGUCCCAGUACCUCCUCCUACCCCUGCCUGAGUAGACUGCUUCUUUUUGGGGGCCGGGAGCUUGGUUUUGCCCUUGAAGGCCCUGAUGGGGUCCAGCUUGUUGAUGUGCGGUUCCCCAGCAGGGUCGGCUAUAUUGGGGUCACAGUGGAACGUGAGGGGCUGAUAGAGAGCUGCCCACUGCUGUGAGUGAGAGAGACAGUGGUAGCAUUGAACAUUUGAUUAGGAUUUGGAAAGUGGAUAGUUUACAUUAAGCCCAUCACUAUGAGAUCAUUGUAUUUGAUGAGAUAACUGUAUAUGAUUAUUUAGGAUCUUGAUAUGACACAACUUUCUAUGCACAUAAUGUCAUUUUGUGUCCAAUUAUUUGCCAUCAUUUGACUCAAUAACAAUAUUAAGAACCUACAGUGAGACGAUAUAUAAUGUUGCCUCAUAGCAGACCUUUUUGGGUUAUUGAAGUAAAUGCAAUUUUAUUUUGAAAUUAGGUAAGCUAGUUGUUUAACAAACCUUAAAGAUUCCUACACAGAUGUCCCUACAACAUGUUUGCUUCAAUGUAUUAUUUACAAUCCCCAAUACUUACUUUCUUCUUAAUAAAGGGUGUGUCAUGUU